AUGGCCAAAGCUAUACCCUUUUCAGAAAGAGGAUGGGGCAAACGCAUUGCCAUCGCACUGAAAAAACCUCCGCAUCGUGUUUAUGGCAAGAAAGUUUUGGAUGUCUCUAAUGACGUCGAAUUGAUUGGAGUACCUGGGGAGCGUAAAGCACAUGGAAUGCCCAAGCAUCGUCAACAAGACCAAUGCGGGUUACGGCCUGAUCCCGAAUGUCCCCAGGGUCCUCCGGGACCACCUGGUGAUGACGGCAGCGAUGGUGAAAACGGCACAGAUGGCGUGCCUGGGGUUAAUGGAAAAAGCACCCACGAUUACCUUGUCUGCAUUCAAUGUCCUGUAGGUCCUACAGGUCCGCGUGGAAAACGUGGAGCUCCAGGGCCAGAUGGACCAAUUGGGCCUGUUGGUGAGCCUGGUGUAAGUGGUAUAGGUCAGCCUGGACCCCAAGGCGCGAAAGGAGAGAUUGGACCACAAGGAGUGAUAGGACCGCCUGGAAUACCCGGUGAACCAGGCAGAGUUGGUACCAGAUGGAUAUGUCCUCCAGGUGAAAAGGGCGUACCAGGACCACCAGGUGGUUUCGGUCCUGGCGGUCCACUUGGCAGUCCAGGUGAAGUUGGUUUACCUGGUGCUACUGGCUCAGUUGGCAAGCGAGGAUUAACUGGAAUACCUGGGAAUAUGGGGAAAAUUGGCAGUCGUGGAAGAAAGGGCAGAAAAGGUUGGUAA